UGGUCUAGAUGCUGCCAUCAUGAGACCCGAUGACAUUAACCCCCGGACUGGAUUGGUGGUGGCGUUUUGCAGCAUCUUCUUGGUUUUUGGGUUUAUGUUUACAGUCUCGGGAAUAAAGGGUGAGAUGUUGGGAGACAUUCCCUUGUUGGUCAUUGGGUUAGCUCUAUUCUUGCCUGGAAUUGGUGCAAUCAUGUUGGCGAAAAAGACUGACGGGUGUACAAAAUGCUCGUGUUACUCACAGUGUUGUCGCAGGAAAAAAGGAAAGAAUAAGGAAGACUUGGAGUUGCUGGAAGUCCCUUGGGACCUGGAGUCUGGGAAAGGGGGCUGCGAUGACAAAGAUAGGCAUCCGAGAUCAGGGGAGGACUCUGUUUCCACAACAACCACUGUUGGGGAAUCCCGGAGUCUGAUCCGAAGGGUGGACCAAGAAGAGGUGAUACGUUACCUUGAGGCUUGCUAUCCUUCCAGUGUCUUCACCAGGGUCCGGGAUGUCACCUCUUACUGUGUUCUAGAUCGCAUGUGUGACCCCAGAGACAGCGUUGCCUACAUUGCUGCUCGUAACAGUGUGGUAUAUCUACCUAGAGACAGCAUUGUGGUCUACACACACAGGGACAGCACUCCCUAUGGAGGGUAUUGCUGCUACAUCAACUCAGGGGAUUUCAGCUGGAGCCACGAGACUGUUGUCUGACUGCAGUUUCAGGGACUAUGACCCUCUCUAGGAUUUGCAUUGCAUGAAACGCUUUGAUACAGGUUUAAACAAUGGAAUGUGAUUGAUACUCGGCCUUCCCUUUAAGUAUAUUCCUUAAGUGAGGGGUUUUAUAAAUGUGGAUAUUUACAGACUUCUUCUAUUAAUAGUUCCUCGAAGUCUUGGUGGUUACCAGCGUACAGCCAUGCAGCAAAUGCUGACAUUUUUCAACAUCAUCCUGUGAUGAUAUUUUGGAGCUUUAUAUUUAAUUGGGAUUGAGCUUAAUGAAACCUAAUACUGGAAACCAUUAUGUGUUUUAUAGUCCAAAAUCUUCCCUCCACCUUAAAACACUUAACUUGCAUUUGUUGAUGUGAAGAAACAAACAGAUCUAUCUGCCAGAUCACAGGGAAAUGUCACCCUCUCCAAGCUUCAAAGGAACUUGAUGAAUGUAUUAUACUGGAAAGAGACUUCCAGGAACCUGGAAUUUAAAAGGCUUGGCAUUUUAAGGGUUAAUGGGCUAUAGCGACAUCCAGUGGAUAAAGCGGUAAUAGUAUUAGUGGUCUGAGAUGAAAGAAACUUGAUAUGUCUAAAAAAGAUAUUUGUUGU